GCUGCAGGAGAAAAAAGGACAAAGAGAGUGACAGGGAGGGAGAGAGAAAGAGAAUCCGGCAUUAAUGGCGGAAGAGGACGGAAGAAGGAUAUCAGAGAAUCUUCUUCAUCACAAAGAGAAGCAUUUCACGGCUGGAGAGAUCGUCAGAGACGUCAUAAUCGGCGUCUCCGACGGCCUGACCGUACCUUUCGCACUCGCCGCGGGUCUCUCCGGCGCCAACGCUUCUUCCUCUCUCAUCCUCACCGCUGGCCUUGCCGAAGUCGCUGCCGGCGCCAUCUCCAUGGGACUCGGCGGGUACCUUGCUGCUAAGAGCGAAGCAGAUCAUUACAUGCGAGAACUGAAAAGAGAAGAAGAGGAAAUUAUCACUGUCCCAGAAACUGAGGCAGCAGAGAUUGCAGAGAUACUUGCACAGUAUGGAUUGGAAGCUCAUGAGUACGGCCCGGUGGUUGAUUCCCUACGCAAGAAUCCCAAGGCAUGGCUCGAGUUCAUGAUGAGGUUUGAGUUGGGAUUAGAGAAGCCCCAACCAAGGAGGGCAUUGGAGAGCGCAUUGACGAUUGCCAUUGCCUAUGUAGUGGGUGGGCUGGUCCCACUAAUCCCUUACAUGUUCAUCCCAACUGCUCGGAAAGCGGUGCUGACGUCCGUCGGAGUAACGCUCAUCGCCUUGCUUUUCUUCGGCUAUGUGAAGGGUCGUUUCACGGGCAGCAAACCAGUGAGGAGUGCCCUACAGACAGCUUUGAUCGGGGCCAUCGCCUCCGCUGCUGCUUUCGGCAUGGCCAAGGCUGUCCAAGCAUGAUUACCUUUUGUAUUUUAGGUCCACUCAUUCAGUAUGGACCACUUGAAGCACUUCUUUCUUUUUUCAUUUUUCAUUUUUCUGUUUGAAGUAGGGAGGGGGUGAGGAUGGUGGAUGUCAUUCUCACUGUAACUUUGCAUACCAUAGUUGGGCUGGUCCAGCUUCCUUUAUACUGAGUCUAGAGGCUGUUUGUGUUA